GACAUCAGACCAGACGUGUGUAAACCCAGAGUCACAUAAGAACACAGAGAUGAGAACUUGUAAUAGAAGAUCGGUGAUUCAGGCUUCUCUUGGCAUCUGCUUUCUCGUGUGCUUUCUCUACACGUCUAACCUAAACGGGAGAACGUCCCUCCAGUUCGAAAUGGGAGGCCUCGGUAGCGGAGUGUCUUCGUGGUGGUCGGGAGCUCCUGUCCUCCUGUCUCCCGAGAACGAGAUGAUACCCUCCAAGGUUGAGGUGGGUGUAGAUGAGAAUUACUACAUGAAGGGCGGGGCUGUGUGGAGGAGGGGCACGGUGGAGUGUUCUCUACCAGUCGGGGCUCCUAAAGACUACAUGAAGCUACAAGACCUCUUCAGUUUGGAGAAGGAAUGGAAGGGGACGGUAAGCAACAUCCUACUGGCUGAGACAUCCUGCAACCCGAAGCCAUCCUACCGAGCUUGGUGCGCCGUGGAGAGCCUGGCGCAGCAGAACCCGCAAGCGGUAGUGUGGUACGUCAUGAUGUCACAGGUGGUGGACUUACGGCAGGGUGUGGCUGGUCGCCUGCUGGAGCACUACCACAACCUGAGGGUGGUGACGGUGGACCUGCGUCAGGUGUUCUACAACACACCACUGAUGGACCUGUACACCUCCACCGUCUGGAACCACAACACCACGUGGCCAGCAGUAAGUCUCAGCAACAUGAUUCGCCUGGCGCUGGUGUGGCAGGUUGGGGGCCUGUACAGCGACAAUGACGUGGUGUGCAUCCUUCUCUCACCACCUGAAGAACGUCAUCAGCAUCAUGUUUCCCUUAACUCGUACGUGAUCCACCUGUGGAACAAACUGAGUCACUCUACCCCUAUCUUCAAGGACUCCGGGAUGUUGUACGACAAACUGCCAAGCUCUUCUGUCCCAUCACCAGGAGGCGCCCCCAGCGUGUGCUGA